GAGACACUUGGGGAAACGAUGAAGGAGGAAAGGACAGGAUUACUACGCCUGCUUGAAAGACAGUGACUGAGAACAGCAGUUUCGGGCUUCCUCACACAGAGGAGGGGCUGGGAUCGGGGCCAGCGGCGCUUUGCGGCGGGAGGGUUCCUUCCUGAGCGUGCCCAACUGGUCUCCCAGGAUGCCCAGCGGGGCGUGCUAGAGAGAGCCGGGGUUGCAGCAGGCGCUCUGGGCCACACAGCGCCGCAGGAGAGAGAGCGUCAAAGGCACUGGUGCUGCCCGCCCGGCCCAAGGCUCGCCACGCUCUCUUUCCCAGGCUGGCAGCGGGUGGGCGAGUAAGCCUUAUCCCACUCGCCAAGUGGCGCAGUCUUUCCUCCGGGCUGGCGGAGAGGGAGGCCAAGCCAAGCUCCCGGCCCGCGGACCAUCUUCUCCGGGCUCCUCCCGCCCCAGUUCUCCUUGGCAACAACAAGCAGCAGCAGCAGCAGCAUCACGCCGAGGGGUGGGCGGGCGAGCCGGCUUCCCGCUCCUCCUCCUCCGCCGCCGCCGCCCCCACUCCCGGCAGAGGCGGCAGAUGGGCAGUGGGGCGCCGGCUGUGCUGGAGGCGCCGCGCCAUGGGAGGCCGCCACCGCUGCGGGCCAGGAUGAAGGAGGCUCCCGGGGACGGCGCGGAGGGGCGGCUGGCGUCGGGGGGCCUGGGGGGCCGCCGGGCGCGGGCGCUGCUGGCGGUGGGGCUGAACCUGCUGGCGCUGCUCUUCUCGGCCACGGCCUUCGGCACCACGCACUGGUGCGAGGGGACGCAGCGGGUGCCCAAGCCCACCUGCGGGCCCCACAAGCGCACCAACUGCCUCGACUACGGCUACGAGCCCGCCGCCAACGAGACUGCGGCCGCGGGCAACAGCUCCUCCUCGGCCGCCGCCUCUUCCAACGUGGUGCACUACAGCUGGGAGACGGGCGACGACCGCUUCCUCUUCAGGUACUUCCACGCCGGCAUCUGGUACUCCUGCGAGGAGAACAUCAACACGCCCGGCGAAAAAUGCAGAAGCUUUAUUGACCUUGCUCCAGCUUCUGAGAGAGGAGUGUUGUGGCUGUCCGUGGUGUCAGAAGUGCUCUACAUCGUUUUGCUGGUCAUCGGAUUCAGCCUCAUGUGCCUGGAGCUGGUCCACUCCAACAGCGUGAUCGAUGGGCUCAAGCUCAACGCGUUUGCAGCUGUCUUCACAGUGUUGUCAGGGCUCUUGGGCAUGGUGGCCCACAUGAUGUACACGCAAGUGUUCCAGGUGACCGUCAGCCUUGGGCCGGAGGACUGGAGGCCUCACUCCUGGGACUACGGCUGGUCCUUCUGCCUGGCCUGGGGUUCCUUUACCUGCUGCAUGGCUGCCUCCGUCACCACCUUGAACUCCUACACCAAGACAGUCAUUGAGUUCCGGCACAAGCGGAAAGUCUUUGAGCAGGGCUUCCAGGAAGACCCCGUCUACGCCGACCAUGAGCCCAUCAAGUACUUCCGGGAAAGGGCUGCGCAAUACCCAGCUGUGAAGCCUCAGAGCAACGCCAAGGGCCCCGACGGGCACAAGCCCUUCUCCUUGUCUCUGUCGAGCUCCUCCACCAACACAGCCCACUCCUCACUGCUUUCGUCGGGCCCCCCCAGCCAGAUCUCCUCCCCUGAAGCCCGGCACCCAACAGCUGCUCCUCGAGGGGCCCCUGGCCACCGGUUGACGGAGGCCCUGAAUUCACACAUGGCGGCGGCAGCUGGGCCCAGACGCCCGGCUCCUCACCCGAGGUUAAGGCCAGCAUUUCACCCAGCUGCCCCCAGACCACACCUGGCACCCGGUUUGGAGAACCCGGCACUCAGAGCCACAUUGCCCUCUCGCAGGGCACACAAGCCUCCCACAAGCCAAGAGCUUCCGGCUGCCCCGGUGGGCGACACACUGAGCCGAAGAUGCACCCAGCUGGAAGAACCGGGCAGCACCUACCAGCCUGAUGGGCAUGCCAAGCUUGCAGAAGAGGAUUUUGGAUGGACUCAGGAGAAGGACUUAAAGAGGGGUUUUGUGAGCCGGCAGGAGUUCCUGGCUGUGGAGAGAGAGCUGGAGGAAGUCCGAGAGGAGCUCAAGUGCCUGAAGUGGAAGGUGCGGCACAUUGGCGAGACGGUGCAGCCCCUGGCGGAGGAGAGCAAGCGCUACAAUGGCUACACCUUGACUGAGCUGAAGGCCAUGGUGCAGUUUGAGAAGGACCCCUACAAAGCUGCCCACAAGAUCCUCAAGGCCCUCUUCAGCGACGUCUAUCUGCUGCAGCAGUCGGUGGGUGAGCAGGCCUGCAAUUCCAAGAGCCCCCCCAGGCCCAAGAUUGACCCAGAGCUGUACACUGUGUACUGUGACAUCCUGCAGAGCAUCUUCCCUGGGAGCAGCAGCAGCAGCCAAGCCCUGCCAGAGAGGACCCAGCAGCAGCAGGUGUAGAAAGAGAUGCAGGAACAGGUCCUGUCUGUGCAAGCCCACAGGUGUCCAUCACCUGGAGCAGCAGGCAGGUGCUCUGGAGGGAUCCCACGUUUCUCAGGGAGGAAACUCUCUGGCCCAGGACCAGUGGGCCUCUCCUCCUCCACAGAUCCCUUCUGCUGCAGCUGCCAGAAGACAGCAGGAGCAUUUCCAGGGGGCGGCACGCGUGGAAGGAGGCCCCUAAUGCGCCCGGAGGACUAGGGAGGGCCAGCCCCACACGUCCUGAAAAGACUGGCAUACAAAGUGUAGCCUUUUUAAAAAAAUAAAAAAUACAUGUUUUUUGGGG